CUCUCUCUCUCCAGUAAUGGCCAGUUCAGUGAUAUAUCCUCUGAAUGUGGGCUCCACUGCCCCUGAGUCCCUCUCCAGCUUACAGAGGCGUCUUCAGGCAGCCGAGCAGCAGUCCGAGGAGUUAGUGAAGGGUCUGGGUUUUUUGGGAGUGUCUGCAGAUCAUCUUCCCCUGAACACUUCAGCCGAGAGCUCCUCCAAGCACCCGGACAGUCCGGUGAACAUCCAUCGGCCCCUUGGUGCUGGUGGAGAUGGGUUGCAAUGUAGACGAUGUGGAUGUGAAACGCUUGUCUCCCGUGUGUGCCGAUUGGAGAGCCUUUUGCACACUCUCAAACUCGCCACCUUCCGCUUGGAAACGGACAGAGAGCUUAAUCCGUCCCACACGGCGCGUCUACAAGAGCAGUUAAACACCCUGCAGUGUCAGUAUGAGGAAGAGCAGCGCUCCUCACAGAGAGAGAUGCUGCAGAUACAGGAUCGAUUGCAGCAGGCCUGUGAAGAGAGAAAGGAGGCGCAACAGGAGGUGCUCAGACUCAGGAAAGCGCUGGAGAGCACCAUGUACACUAAGAUGAAGGAACGAGAAGCGCGGGAAACUGCAGCACACCUGGAGGCUGAGCAAUCCCACAAUGCACUGCUACUUAAAGUGAAGGAGAUGGAGAAAGGGGUAGAGAAGAAAAGUGGACAGGUAAAGGCUCUUGAAGCAGACUGUCACGCCCUACGAGUUGAGAGACAAGCAAACAAGACGGAGCUAAAACAGAGAAAGGAGCACAUUUUGAGCCUGGAGAGAGAGUGUCAACAACUCAAAGAUCAUUUCGGUGUGAAAGAGACUCUGAUAUCAGAGCUGAGCAAAGAGAUAAAGAGUUUGAAGAUGUCUCUGCAGAAACAAAAUCAGGAGAACAGCAGACUCGUGAGAGAUGGACGAGAUCUCAGAGCAGCUGCAGAAGAAGUUCAGGUGUUGAAUAAUAAGUUAGAGGUUCAGUGUUCAGGGCUGAAUGCUACAGUACAGUCAUUAAUACACGAAAACACUCGGUUACAGACAGAAUAUCAAAACAACAUUAAGGCAGAGCGAGAUUGUGUGUCUAAACACAUAAAAGAACAAGAUCUGCUAUUAGACACAGCCAGAAGAAACGUCCAGGUUGAACUACAGAGCACAAUAUCAGAGAAACUCACCCUAGAGAAACAACUGGAGGUCUUGAAAGAGGAUCAUGCCAAACUGCAGCAGAGUUCAUCUCUCGCUCAGCAGAGAGCUGUCAAUCAUCAACAGAUCCUGGGAAAAACCAUUGCGAGACUUCAGGAGGAGCUCAGCUGUGCGAUGAGAGAAGAAACAACCAGAAGGAAAGAGAGAGAUGAGAUAAAGAAUGAGAUGAGCUCAGAAAUGGUUUUGUUGGAAAACCAAAAGAACCUUCUAGAAACACAGCUGUCAGAAAUAAAGGUUGAGUCGACCACAUUGAAGUCAGCUCUGCAAAGACAAGAGAAGGAGAACAGGGCACUGAUGGAGAGCUUGGCAGUCAUGCAGCAUCAGCAGGUAACUCAUCGUCAGGUAGAACAGAUGCUUUGGGAGUUGACAGACAGCAAGAACAAACUGGCUUAUGAGAAGGGCAAGCUGCAGGCGCAAGUGCAGCAGAUGGGAGAAGACCUGAAAACAUUGAAUGCUGAAUGUGCUCAACACUGUCAGAUCAAUAUUACACUACAGAACAGUUACACACAGAUACAGAGAGAGAACCACACAAUUAAAGAGCAUCUUCUCAUACUACAGCAACACCACAGAGACACAAAUGAAGUUGUAGCGACGUUGGAGAAAGUCCUGUCAUCUCAUGCUGUUCUGCAGCACAACACACAGACAUUACAAGCAGAGAUGCAAGACAGAACACACGAAUUACAGACACACAGGAGAGAGAAACUGCACGCUAUAAAAGAGAUUCAGAAGCUUAAGGCUGAAGUGGAGCAUCUACAAAAGUUGACACACACUACCAGCACUAAGGUUGAGUCUUUGCAAAAAGCACUUGAUGAAGCUCAGUUGGACAACAAAAAACUUGCCCUGAGUUUAAAGCAGAUCCUACAGGACAACCACGAAGCACAGGAGAAACUAAAUACACUGAGCCAGAGAGAGGAGGAGCUUAAAGAAGCAAGGGCAGAGAUUUGUCAAUUGACAGAACAUGUAAAUUCCUUAAAGAAACUGCUCAAAAUGGAAAAAGACUCUGGGAGGAAGUCAACACGCAAGUUGAAAAAAGCAAUGGAUGUUGCAUCAGCAGAGUCACGUGAUCUUACACAAGCCAAUCAUAAGCUUCAACAGAAGGUGGCUGCACUGGAGAAGCUUGUGUCCAGCCAGAUGUCUCAUCUGUACACCAGAAUACCUCAAAACAGCUCACUUAGAAUCAAGCAUCUGGAAGAGAGUUUAAAACGGCUCCAGGACGAAGGAGAUGAUGCAGAAGUGAGACACAGGAAGAUCACAGAUGAGGACCACAGAGAUUUCUGCUGUACAUCUGAGAGCUUUGAGGAUGAGUUCAAGCCACAGAAACUCAGAGAUAACUUAUGGACCACAGAAAAAAACUGCACUUCAUCCACGGCAGCUCAGGAUAAAAGCAAUAAGACACAAGUUUGCAUUUCUGACCCCGAACUGGAGCCCUGGGCCUUCACGUUACAGCGCUGGGAGAUCAAGAAAAACAGCAUUGCCAGCGGUUCCAAACCCACAAGACCCAUGUGCACACAAAACACCACCAAAUUACACAAUUCAGCUCACGUAUACCAUGAAGAAAUGUGUAAAGUACAGAAAACACCAAGCAUGAAAGGGCGUCUAUCAGCUUUGCCUGUGGGAUAACGGUAACUCCCGUGUUUGAGAACGGUCUCCCAGAGCGUGUGAGCCAUGCGGCAGUUGAAGGGCAAGCCGAAGAAGGAGUCGUGGAAAGAUAAGAAGGAGAGGAAACAGGCCAUGCAGGAGGCGCGAGAGCAGGUCACGACCGUCGU